AUGCCGCGACAACUUCAGGAUGGGUCCGAAUGGAAAGAGACACCCUUCGAACUCGUGCCACAAUGGACGCGAGACCCUUCCAUUCCCGCCAUCGAAGUUGUGUGUCGGGAGCACCUGAGCAUCCCUCCGGAAGACCCCUGCACCGUGUUUUUCCACACCUCUGGUCUCUUUAACAAACUCUACAUUGUUGAAUACGCCCAACGCCGUGUCAUCAUGAGGGUCACGCUGCCUGUGUAUCCCGGCCUCAAAACGCGUGCCGAAGUGGCCACACUGCGGUGGGUGCGCGAAAACACCAUGAUUCCGGUUCCCGAGGCACUGGACUUUGACGACAGUAACGAUAAUGAAAUCGGAUUUGAGUGGAUCUUGAUGGAGUUUAUAGAGGGCACACCAGCACAUAGACGGUGGCGGACCAUGUCGAUGGAGCAGAAAGUCGCCUUCACAAAACAACUCGCCACAUUCCAAGCUGAGCUUUCGGGCUUUGGGAAACCAGAGGCCAUGCUCCGUGGAAUAGGAACGCUGGAACUCCGGGAGUUUGAGAAGGGGAAAGAGAUCGAAGGUCUGGGAAAGGUUGCUCCCGGUAUGCUUGUGUCCCAUGAGUUCUUUAUGGGUGAUCGAUUUCAGUACGAUAUCCCAAGGGGUCCCUUUCACUCCAGCCGCGACUGGCUCACCGCAGAGUUGAACAUCGUCAUGCUUGACCAGAAAGCAAUCAUCGACAGCUCCGAGGACGAAGACGACAAAGAAGAUGCUGGAGAGGUUAUUACGGUGGCGCAGAAAUUGCUCUCUCUUAUUCCGAAAGUGUUCCCUCCCAACCUGGACGAGCCAGAGACAACAGUUCUUUACCACCACGAUCUCCACCUUAAAAACAUCUUGGUAAGCGAAGAAGGGGAAAUCACAGCCGUUUUGGAUUGGGAAUGCGUCUCGGCCAUGCCUCUCUGGAUGACGACUAAGGUUCCCAGAUUUCUUGAUGAGCCUGUUCGAGAGGAGGAGCCACAACGGGACACGUAUGCCGAUGAGACACCUGAGCAGGCUGCGGCCGCGGAAGAAAGGCGCCAUGAUCCGGACUACCUCGACAGUGAAGGCAAAAACAGCCUGUACUUCAUCCAUAAAAUGGAGUACGAAGCAACGCAGUUGCGGAAAGUUUACAAAGCGACCUUGAGACAGUUAUGGCCGGGUUGCCCACAGGGAGAAGAAACCUUGAUGGAGGUGAACUUCCACCAUGCUGUAUCACAAUGCGACGGGAUAUGGGUGAAAAUGGCAGGCAGAUGGGCUGACCGCGUGCUGGCCGGUGAGUCCAUACUGUUGGAGGACGCCUGA